UGCUCUCAGCCUUAAUAGUCAAGUUACUCAGUUUGUUACUAGUUGCAUGGUGUGUGUCUUGGCAACCGUUUGUCCGUGUGAGACAUGGAGCCAUGCAGCAAGGCAGCUCACAGAUGUUCCGGAUUUGUCCAGAUUCACCCAACUGCGAUACAUCUGGCUUAAUAAUAACAGGAUAAAGCGCAUUCGUGGGUCUGAGUUUCACUGCUGUUUAGCAGAGCUGUACCUCCAGAACAAUGAGAUUACCUCAAUCACAGGAGCUCUGAGGCAUCUGAGCUGUCUGAAAGUGCUGCUACUUCAUAAUAACCACCUGAUAAUCCUGGAGGAAACAGUGGACGAGCUGAGACACAUGCAGCACCUCCAAACACUCAAUUUGUUCCUGAAUCCCUUUUCGCAAGAUCCCCUUUAUCGGGAAUACGUAGUCCAUCACUUACCAUCUGUUCAAUUAUUAGACAGAAAAGAGGUGAGACAGGAGGAGAGGAGACAUGCCUUUAAACUCAUGAGUCCUGAGAGACAGAGAGUUCUUGACACAAUCGCCUUCGGCAGACGAGCACUGACAGAAAGGAAAAUGAUUGCGAGCACAAAGAGAGGUCAAUGGAGCUCCAACACCAAACGCACAAAAUGCCCAUUUGAUGAGAUUGAAGAUCUCUGUGAGCGCAGGGCCAUGCAGAGAUCCAUCAUGCAGUUCUCUACUCUGAACUGGAGCAGCAUAAGAGCUCAGCAGCACCCCCUGGAGGAGCACAGUUCAACUGCAGCCAAAAUCCUUACUGUCAAAUUCAGAUAA